GUACCCUCUUCACGAGGGCACUUCCUUCGUUCCAGUAAUUCCGCCAUUAUAAAUACCCCCGAGCUUCUCACUCCCCAGUGCAAAACUGCUACGAGGAGCCAAUCAAAAGCCUCCCGCCUUUUGCGCCAUUAAAAUACUCGAGCUAGAAGAAACUCUCCGAAGCACACCAGUAGCCCAUACCUUCUUCCACCUCGGUACGUGCCACUCCUCUUCCAUAUCCCGACCACCGCCACAGGGUUUCAGUACCGUGCUGCUGCGUGAUCAGGGAGUCGACGCGGGUGAUGUACGGCGGUACGCUGCUGUCCAAGGACCUGAACCUGCCACUCCAGCAGCAGCAGCAGGCGGUCGCCGGCGUGCGCACGCCGCCGCAGAUGAGCUCGCCCGGGCUGCUGCGGUACAGGUCGGCGCCGAGCACCCUGCUCGGCGACGUGUGCGGGGACUUCCUCCCGGCCAGUACUGGCGCCGGCGCGGGGCACAGCCCAGGGAGCCCGGACCACCACGCGGCCGACGCCGCCUUCACCCGCUUCCUCGCCGCCCCGCCCCGCCCUGCCGCGGCACCGGCCAACCACUUCUCCACUGAUACCGCCGCCUCCCUGGCCUCACAGCAACAGCAGCACCAGCAUCAGCAGCAACUGAUGUAUCAGUCGCAGCAGCAGCUGGCGGCCAUGGAGGGCCUGUUCCGCACCGGCGGCACGGACCCCGCCGCCGGCAACAACGGGCUGGUCCGGCAGAGCAGCUCCCCCGCCGGGUUCCUCAAUCAUUUGAACAUGGACAACGGAUACGGGAACAUGCUGCGGGCGGGCAUGGGCGGCGGCGGCGGGUACGGGAACGGCGACGCGCGGCUCAGGGGGCAGCUGAGCUUCUCGUCGCGGCAGGGGUCGGUGAUGUCGCAGAUCUCGGAGAUGGCCAGCGAGGAGCUCGGCGGCGGCAGCGACGGCGAGGAGGCCGGCAGCAACGGCGCCGCUGCGCGCGGGUACGGCGGCAUCCCCGGGUACCCGACGAUGGGCGCCUCCCCCGGUGGCGGCGGCGGCUGGGACGAGCCCUCGCCGUCCCCGUCGCUGUCCCCUGGCGCCAUGAAGCGUCCCCGCGACGCCCCCGCCGCCGCCAAGAACGGCACGUCCAGGCAGCAGCUGAAGCAGCAGUACAGCCUGCCGGCCGGCAGCAAGCCGACGCCGGAGAUGGCAGCCAUCGAGAAGUUCCUCCAGUUCCAGGACGCCGUGCCCUGCAAGAUCCGCGCCAAGCGCGGGUGCGCCACCCACCCCCGCAGCAUCGCCGAACGGGUGCGGAGGACGAAGAUCAGCGACCGCAUACGGAAGCUGCAGGAGCUCGUCCCAAACAUGGAGAAGCAAACAAACACGUCCGACAUGUUGGAUCUGGCUGUCGACUACAUCAAGGAGCUCCAGAUGCAGGUCAAGGUGAUGAACGAGGGGCGGACGAGCUGCACCUGCUCGGCGAGCAGGCAGAAGCGCUUCGGCAGCUGAUGGAGCUCCACCGCCGGCGCAAAGCGGCACGACCGCAUACCAGCGCCGGAGCAGUGGAAGAAGCAUCUCCACGCUCACUCCACUCCCAGCCGUCUCUUUCCUUUUCGGUUCUAGGCUCCUAGCUAUUAGUGGCACGCAUUGCUGUUUACCCGUGCCAGUUGACAGUCAGAGAACGGGCCGGCAAUGGGUGCUGUCAUCAAUCGAUCAUCAAGGGGGAAUUAAACAGGAGAUGUACGAACGAGGCGAGAUCGAGCUUGCAUAUGCAGGCGAUUAAUUAGCAGUCGUUUGGUCCUGGGGACAGGCUCACAGGCAUUUGCGAGCUUGAUUUUAGUUCUGGCCUAGGUUUGGAUUCUGAAGUGUACAUACCCUGCAACAAUAAUCUUAGUUAUUACGCUACUGA